CGCUGUCACUCGCCCAGGCUGGCCGGGGGAAGGGACCCGCACGCCGGCUUUGUUGUGGAAAUCCCGGUUACCUGGCUAAUAACCCACACCAUGGAUAACUUAUUGGACUUUGCCUGAAAGGAGUCAUUAGUGCUUUUGGAUAUUUGACCAUCCUGGCCACAGGUUUUUUCAGAAUGAAUGGAAGGUCAUGCAGCAUGAAUCUCCAACGGACAUCAGGACCCCCACAGGGGCCUGGGAUGGUCAGUGGCCAACACAUUCCUCCCAUCCGAGCCCACUCGGGGACUCCUGGCCCCCCGUCCUGUGGCAGCACACCAAGCCCUGCUAUUGGAAGCCUUGCUAACAGUCUCCAUCUCAAGAUGCCCUCAGGAGGAGGGAUGGUUCCUCAGAGCAACAUGGCUGAGAGCCCCAUCCAUCUGCCCGCCUUGAGCCCCAGGAGACAAGUGCUCACCAAUGGGAAGUCACGAUUCCAGGUCACCCAGGCUGGAGGCAUGUCAGGGCCACACACUUUAAAGCCAAAGCAGCAGGAGUUUGGAAGUCCUUUUCCUCCAAAUCCUGGGAAAGGGGCUCUUGGCUUUGGGCCUCAGUGCAAGUCCAUUGGAAAAGGCAGCUGCAACAAUCUAGUGGUCACCAGCAGCCCCAUGAUGGUUCAGCGACUGGGACCCAUUUCACCUCCAGCAAGCCAGGUCUCUACAGCAUGCAACCAGAUCAGUCCUAGCUUACAGAGGGCAAUGAAUGCAGCCAACCUGAAUAUACCUCCUUCAGAUACCAGGUCCCUUAUUUCACGUGAGUCUUUGGCGUCUACGACUUUGAGUCUGACAGAAAGUCAGUCGGCUUUGAGUGUGAAGCAAGAGUGGUCUCACGGCUACAGGGCACUGCCAUCACUCUCCUCCAACCACGGCUCUCAGAAUGGCAUUGAUCUAGGAGACCUGCUUAGCCUCCCUCCUGGGACAGCCAUGUCCAGCGGCAGUGUCUCUAACUCGUUGCCACCCUAUCUUUUCAGCAUGGAAAAUAGCCACUCUCCUUACCCUAGUCCCCGACACUCUUCGGCCAGAUCCCACUCAGCCCGCUCCAAGAAGAGAGCGCUGUCCUUGUCCCCGCUGUCCGAUGGCAUUGGGAUAGACUUCAAUACCAUCAUCCGCACCUCUCCCACGUCCCUGGUCGCCUACAUCAACGGGUCCAGGGCCUCCCCGGCCAACAUGUCCCCACAGCCGGAAGUCUAUGGACAUUUCCUGGGCGUGCGCGGUAGCUGCAUUCCCCAGCCGUGUUCGGGGGCCGGCAGCCAGAUGGGUGUGCGCGUGGCCAGCGGUGGCUUGGCGCUCCCGGCCUACAGCGAGGACAGCUCCCUGGAGUACGAGCGCAUGCAGCAGCUGGAGCACGGCGCCCUCCAGCCCGGCAUGGUCAACAACAUGGUGGUGCAGCACGGCCUGCCCGGCCCUGACGGCCAGUCCGCCGGCCUGCUGAAGACCGAGCGCCUGGAUGAUUUCUCCAGCAGCGCCCUCGACCUGACCCCCGCGCCUCCUCUGCCACCACCGCCCCAAGGCCCCCCGCCUCCCUACCAUGCCCACCCGCACCUGCACCACCAAGAGCUCGUCCCGCAUGCCCAGACGCUGGCCCUGCCCCAGGCCACCCUGGAGGACGAUGGGGAGAUGGACGAUGUUGGGGGCAAGCACUGCUGUCGCUGGAUCGACUGCAGUGCCUUGUAUGACCAGCAGGAGGAACUUGUGCGGCACAUCGAGAAGGUUCACAUUGACCAGCGCAAAGGUGAAGACUUCACAUGCUUCUGGGCGGGGUGCCCUCGAAGGUACAAGCCAUUCAAUGCCCGCUAUAAACUGCUGAUUCACAUGCGAGUCCACUCCGGAGAGAAGCCGAACAAGUGUACGUUUGAAGGUUGCAAGAAGGCCUUUUCAAGGCUCGAAAAUCUCAAGAUUCAUUUGCGGAGUCACACCGGCGAGAAGCCAUAUUUGUGCCAGCAUCCGGGCUGUCAGAAGGCGUUCAGCAACUCCAGUGACCGCGCCAAGCACCAGAGGACACAUCUGGACACUAAACCUUAUGCUUGUCAAAUUCCAGGAUGCACCAAACGCUACACAGACCCAAGCUCCCUAAGAAAGCAUGUGAAGGCACAUUCUUCCAAAGAUCAACAAGCAAGGAAAAAGUUGCGGUCCAGCGCAGAACUUCACCCUGACCUGCUCACGGAUUGCCUCACCGUGCAACCGCUGCAGCCGGCCACUUCCCCACGAGACGCUGCUGCAGAUGGGGCAGUGGGAUGCUCCCCUGGGCCCGGGCCUGACCUUUAUCCAGCUUCCAUUUUCUCCAGCAAUCAUUCUAGCCGAAGUGGAACAGCUGCUGGGGCCGUGCCACCCCCACAUCCUGUCAGUCACCCUUCUCCGGGACAUAAUGUACAGGGGAGCCCCCACAACCCCUCCUCCCAGUUACCUCCACUCACAGCUGUGGAUGCGGGAGCUGAGAGGUUUGCACCUUCUGCUCCAUCUCCUCACCACAUCAGCCCCCGGAGAGCUCCGGCUCCUUCUAUAAUGCAGAGAACACAGCCUCCCCAUACCCAGCAGCUCUCAGGAUCACACCUGAAGUCUUAUCAACCGGAAACAAACGCUUCUUUCCAACCAAAUGGAAUCCACGUCCAUGGAUUUUAUGGGCAGCUGCAGACAUUUUGCCCCCCACAUUACCCUGAUUCUCAGAGAACCAUGCCGCCUAGCAGUUCCUGCAGUGUGGUGCCUUCCUUCGAGGACUACCUGGUCCCCACGUCCAUGGGCCAGGCUGGCUUUGACGUUUUCCACAGAGCCUUCUCAACUCACUCGGGCAUUACAGUGUAUGAUUUGCCUUCGGGCUCCUCCAGCCUCUUUGGAGAGUCUCUUCGCAGUGGAUCUGAAGACACCACAUUCUUGCAGAUCAGCGCUGUGGACCGCUGUCCUAGCCAGCUGUCCUCUGUCUAUACUGAAGGCUAAAAGCUCCCCCGGCCUCCAAUACCACUGGCAUCCAGGACCUUUCUGUCGCUUGCCACCUUUUGUGUUCCUACUCUCAAAGACUGCAUGAAAAGGAUGUCAGCUGAAUCGGCGGAACCUGCAAAGUCCCAAACUUGUCUCUGGAGGGCAGGACUGGACGGUCAGAGCUGGGCCUGGCAGCAGCGUUUGCAGUUGCUCCUUUUCCUCUCUGGGUUUGCUGAUGGCCAGGACUGUCUUUCAAAGGGAAUUUAGACUCACUGUACUGGAUACCUGUUACUUCCUGGCUGUCAACCCUCAGAGGACACCAAUGAAGUGAUGUGCAUGUGAAAAUGCAGUUUGGGGAUGACCCUUGCUGAAAACUCCAAAUAGGGAUGGACAACGCAAAUUGCCAGAAGCCCAGGGAGCUGCCUCGCCCAGCGCUUGUCCUCACCGCUGGCCGAUGCCAAGCCGGGCACAAGAGAAAUCCAGGUCCACUGCACAGUGUGGGCUCCACCCUCGGAGAAUCCCCAGGUUUCCGGCACUGACCUGGUGUUCCAGUGACUGGCUGGAACCUCCUUCUUUCCUCUGAGAUAUCCCCGUGCUAACCAAUUGUUUUUCAGUGUUUCUCCAAAAGCAAAAUAAGGUUCUGUCAAGCACAGUCCCUUGAAAGGCACUACACCUUGUUUUAUAUUCCAGAAAUCUAUCUUACUUCUUUCAUUUUAAAGACUUGGUAUUUACAUCUACUUUAAAAGGAAAAAAAAAAUAUUUAGAAGUCUAUUAUUUGGAUGGAAACAAUUAUUUUAAUCACCCUAGCUACAUACAUUUUGCCACAGCUGUAGCUCUGCCUGGCCCUGCCCGGCAGCACCUAUGAGCACUCCUGGAAUGUUAGUUUUGCAUUUAGCAAGGCUACCUGAGAGCAAGGGGGUGAGUACACCCCCUUCCCAGUGCUAUAGCAGGAACCCUAGAAGGUUAACUGUUCGGCGACUCCACCUCAAAGACCUUGUUCAAAGCAAAAAGGUCACUUGACUAGUUCACCCAUUGCUUCCACUCUAACACUCUGCCGAGAGUCGUGCUAGAAAAUGUGAGCACAGGGACACACUGAGUUGUGUUCCUGGGUUCUCUUGGAAAACCAAACUAGAGAUGCCCUAUGUCCAGUUAUUUUGCACAGCCUCUGCUCACCUCC